AUGCUAGAUGAUAUAAAUGUUCCUUCGCAGCUGCAAAUUGAUAGCUGGAAUAGUAUUAACCUAUCUCCAGUUGUCGAUACAGCACCGCGUGUCGUACCUCUUCCUGUUUUUAUUACUCCUUCCUCAGAAGGUUAUUAUGAUCGUGUUACUACAAUGAAAACGGGCAUUGACGGAUCCAAAGUUAUCAAGAAAAUACGCGAAGUAGAGUCAAAUAUAUCCCUUGCAAACGAUUUAUUGAAAGAAUGUUAUUGCAGAAGAUCAAUUUCUCACGCCUUACUCUCAUACAUCGAGUCAGUCAAGAAACAGCGAGGAACUAAUACAAUGCCUCAAGAAUUUCAGACCCCAGAAGUGGCCAAUAUUGCCAAGAAAAUGGCAGACCCUAUACUUGAGGUUUUCAAAGCUAUCAAGCUCAACGCUGAUCAGACUGCUGAAUGGUUUUUCUUUACGUUAUCUGAUGACGAAUUAUGGAGUAAUGGAAUUUAUAAUGAUACAUUAUUGAACGGUAUGUGCACUCUGAUUUACAAAGUAAUGGCCUUAGAGAACGUUGUUAUUUACAAGCUCGCUCUUAUCGACGAUAUUUCAAUGCUUCUUAAGUUUACGAACGAUCCUCAAUACGCACAAGAGGUUACUGUGCUCAGAUCUUGGAUGUCUAACUUUGGUGCGAUGACAAAUACAAUUGUCGAGAGGUUAUCGGCACUUAAAGCUCAACAAGUCCAGUUUAUUUUCGAUCUUUUAUAUGAAUACGUCCACAAAAAGAUUAUCAAAGAAAACUACGUCACAGCAGAAUCUAAAUACAGUUACAUUGCAACUUUGAUCUUCUUAAUCAAAGUUUAUACAAAAGCUCAAGAAAUUGAAGCAGCUUCUCUUAAAGAAGUAAAGAAACCUAAACCAGUUCUCAAGCCAUUAUCUCUAGAUGUCAGAUUCUUCUGCCACAACGUAUGCGAAGUCCACAAAUCCAUUGUUUUGAUGUACGAAAUUGCUCCCGAACUUUCUCAGUUCUUUCCAUACAAAUUCUUCGACUUUACGCAGAAGGAGCUCAGAGACAGACCAGCCCCUCAUCUUAAAGUCAAAUCAGAGCAAGAUGUCUUAGAUGAAGUCAGAGAUUCUUUCGACGAGACAUCCGCUUUUGUAUCGUACCUUCUUUCCUCGGAACGUGUCUCCAAGGAGAGCAAAUUGGCCGACCUUCUCCCCACAGUUUUGAGAAAAGUUUCAUGUGCAAUUUGUUUCAUUGCCGAAAAGAUCGAAAACCGUAGAUUGGCCGUUCCUCCGAUACCGAAAGACUGGACUCCUGAGGAUAUCAGAGACAAAAUCAAAUUCUCAAGGUAUCAAUACGAGUACGGAAUGAACGAAGGCAUCUACAACAUCCUUCCUCGUAUUCUCCCUCUGAUUAUGUCUAUCCGAAUCACAAAGGAAGUCCUUCAAGAACAUAUUGAAGUUAUAUCUCAACAAUUGGCAGCUUAUAUGCAAGAAUACAUCCAAGAAUUCUGCGUAAACAAAAUUGCUUACCUCGUUAGUAAAGAACCAAAGCUUUCUGAUGAUUUAAUGGUCAUCAGAACAUUAUUAGGUUAUUUCACUAGCGACGACAGCCUCAAAUUCCAAAAGAAAUACAAGCACGAGACCUUAAACUACCCAUCCACCAUUCCAUCUCUCCAGUUCCUUGACCUUGCACGCGCACAAUUGCAAUUAAUGAUAAAUCCUGGUUCAAAGUACACUAAAAAGAAAGGUUUACUUAGCAGCGCCAUCAUCAGUGGUGAAAUACUCGACACUAUCCAAGAGUUCCUCGCUAAAACAAUCUUCUUCCCCGAAUUAUUACGUCUACCGGAAAUUUUAGAUGUUGCAUUUGACCAAUCCAGGCUUUUCUUCAAGGAGCACUGGCUUGAUAUCUGCAAAGUCAGCUAUUUCAAAGUCUCCUCCAGUCUUCCAUACAUUCUUUCCAAUUUUGCACUUGUUAAUUACAACCAAACUGAACUUACUGGUGCAAUUUUCUAUCCACUUUCGAUUUACGAUGAUGCUGCACAUGUCGCUUUGUAUGAUUUGAAGAGUAAAAUGCUUUACGAUGAAAUCAAAGCUGAAGCAGAGAUUUGUUUAGUUUCCAUCACAAGAAUCAUUGCAAACCAAUCAUUUACUCCUAUCAGAGAGUUCAUUACUGUGAAAUCUUUCUCAGGCAACAUUCUCAAAGAGCUGAGAAACGAGAGAUUACUCAAGAUCACACAGAACUCUCCUGCAGUAAGAUUAGGAGUUCUUUUGCAACAAAACCAGUUGUUUGUUUUAGGCUGUCAAAUUGAAACAAAAGUUUUAAUUGCGAACAGAUUAAAUGAACUGUUCGUUGACUUCCUUAAAGGAUUCCUCAAACUGGCGAACGACAACGGACCAAUCAUCAUGAUCGCGUUCGAUAGAUUGGUUGAUUUACUCAGACAAACUCAUCAAAUGAUCGCUGGUUUCGAAAUUCCAAUGUCACCUUUCAAUGAUUUGUUCAAUAACGUCAUGGCGAUGGAUACUCCCAAUUCAUUGCAGAGCGAAAUGCUUGUACAGAUGGCUCAGUACAUGACAGGACCUCUUUUAACUGAUUACUUCUUGAUGACAACACCAUUUAGACUCAUUCCAAGAGUUCAGCCAAAAAUCGAUUUCCAUUCUUUGUUCCAUCAAAACGAAGGCGUAAUCAUCGAGAGAGUUUUGAGGCCAACAGCUACUUUCGUGUCUAUUGAAUCAUUCAGAGCAUUGUUUAAGUAUUUGGAUGAUGGCGCCAUCGCUAUGUUGCACAUGCAAUUAUAUUCAUCGAUUCGCGAAAUCAUGAAUGAUUUCAUUAGUAUUUACACGAGUUUCAGAGAUCAUAUCACGAGAAUUAGAGAUCCACCACUUUCCGCAUCAUGCCACCAAGCAUAUGAUAGAUUCUACGGUGCUUACAACAUGUUCUUGACUUCUCCACAGUUGAACAAGUUGUUUGAAGUCAUGUCACAAAUUGGCGAAAUUUUCGCAAUUUCUGAAAUGAUGGAUGACGCGUUUAACCUCAAAUUGACAUCAGAAAAGAUGAUUUCUGCAUAUGUAACAAGCAGAUCUCCAUUGUCAGAAGAGGUUGCAGAAGUUCCUGAGUUGUUUGAUUCAUUCGAUCAACAAUUUAGAGAUACCGCGAAUUACUUUGCAACACUCAAAGAAAUGCCAACUGUGAAACAAGUUUUGCCUCCAUUUACUUUUCUCACGACAGAAGAAUUCGUGAGAAUUGUUAAUGAAACUGAUGUUUUCAACGAAACUUCUGGUUCUUUGACCAAUUUCCAGUCUUUGAAAGGUUUCGCAGCGAUGUUUUCCAUCAUCGAAUUCCUCUACAGUAUUAUGGAAGUAAAUACUGGAAAUGCAAUGACAAAUUACGGUGAGUCUGUUUUGAUUUGUGCUGCAAAUCUUUUGGCGGCAACAAAACAAGUCGAUUUGUACAGAGUUGUUUCUAUUACAGGAAGAAUUUUGACUCACGCAGAAGCAGAUUUUAAUCACUCUUCUAACAAGAAUUUGGCCGAUUUCUUGAGUAUUUCCAAACUACUUAGAUCUUCAUUGUUCAUCGCUUUGACAUCUAGUUAUCCUUUCCAUGAGGAAUUGUCAAGAUAA